AUUUCGAAUUGAUAAACACACACGUGUGUGAAACAUAUUUUGUUCGUAAAAACGAAAACAAAAACAUCAACAAUGUUUGUUUCAAAUUAUCGAAAAAUCAAAAGUUUAUCAUUAAUUUUAAAGAAUAAUGUUCAUUUUUAUAAAGGUAAAAAUAAAAUAAAUAAUACUGAACUGGCAUUACGUCAUUUUGAUAAUUUUUAUGGAAAAAUUUAUGAAAAACAAUGGCAAUCAAUACGUUUAGGAUUGUUAUCACCGAAAAAAUACGCAGCUAUUGUAAAUAAUUUUGUUGAUUUUGAAUCAACCGAAAUUGAAUUACGUCAAAUUGGUGCAUACAAUUUACGUUAUAUUUAUGAUAAAAAUUUACGAAAAAUUAUUAAACAAUUAAAACGUGAAGAAUUUAUUCAAUCAAGAAAAUUAAUGGUAAAAAAUAAUAAUAAUGAUGAUCAUGAUGAAUCGAUUAUCAUACCAUCGGAAUUAGAACAAACAGAAUCUGAAACAGAAAAUAUUGAAGCUUUUUUUACCGAUGUACAAGAAUCUGAACUUGAACAUAAUCAAGCAUCAUUACAUUUGGAUCUAAGUCAAUUUGUACCUGUAACCGAAUUAAAAUAUCGUGAAGAAAUUGUUGAUGAUCGUGAAUAUUUUGAAUUCUAUAAUACUAAUCAUGAAUUAGUUGUUGAUCAUAUUGAACAAACCAAUAUUGAAAUGCCAAUCUUAUUAAAUCUUUAUUUAUUUCGUCGUAAUGAUUUUACACAAUUUCCAGCUGCAAAAUUAUGUCAAACAAAUUUAUUCAAUUAUUAUUUACUUGAUGGUGCAUCAAUAUUACCUGUAUUAGCUAUGGAUAUUCAAAAUGGUGAUUAUGUUGCAGAUUUUUGUGCUGCACCUGGUGGUAAAUCAUUAUUAAUGUAUUUACAAAUGAAAAAUUGUAAAUUUUUUCUGAAUGAAUUAUCCGAAUCAAGAUUUGAACGUUUGAAAAAUGUUUUCCGUUCAUUUAUACCUAAAGAUAAAAUUAAACAAUCAAUCAUAUUCAGUAAUUCAGAUGCUAUUCAUUUACGACAAUAUAAUAAAUUCGAUAAAAUACUGGUCGAUGUACCAUGUACAAAUGAUCGACAUUCAAUUUAUUCGAAUGAAAAUAAUAUUUUUUCACCGAAACGUAUGAAUGAAAGAAUUUCCAUACCAAAUAAACAAUUGGAUUUAUUAUGUGAAGCACUUAAAUCGAUAAAAAUUAAUGGUACGGUUGUUUAUUCUACUUGUAGUUUAUCACCAAUACAAAAUGAUGGUGUUAUACAUAUGGCAUUGAAACGUAUGAACGAAGAACAACCAUUGAUGAAAUUUGCAAUCAUUAAUCUUAAACAAUCAUUACGGCCAUUACGUACAAUGUUUCAAUUUGAUUUUCAAUUUAAAUAUGGUAUACAAAUAUUACCAAAUAUUUGUACAAAUUUUGGUCCAAUGUAUUUUUGUAAAAUACAACGUUUAGCUUAA